GAAGAGAAAGAAAGGAAGUCUAUUUGUUACAAUUUUGUGAAUUUUUGGCUUUGUUUCUCUUCUAUGGAUUAUCAUCUCUUGUUUGGCUUGUUUUUCGUUCCCCUCGGCUGGAUAAAAUGAGGCAGAUCAGAAAUAAUCAAACUGUGAGGAUCCCCGAAGGACUCAAAGUAUCUGCCAAAUCGAGGGUAGUAACUGUCACCGGACCAAGAGGUGUUUUAAAAAGGUCCUUCAAACAUUUAGCCCUGGAUAUUCGUAUGGUGAACCCUAGGCUAUUGAAGGUAGAAAAAUGGUUCGGUACUACGAGGGAACUUGCCAGUGUGCGCACGGUAUGUUCCCAUGUUGAGAAUAUGCUUAAAGGUGUAACGAAGGGUUUUCAAUAUAAAAUGAGAGCAGUAUAUGCUCAUUUUCCGAUCAAUUGUGUUACUACUGAGAAUGACACAGUAAUCGAAAUUAGGAAUUUCUUAGGAGAAAAGUUCAUCAGAAGGGUGAAAAUGGCUCCAGGAGUAACAGUAAAAACCUCUCAAAAACAAAAGGAUGAGCUGAUCCUCGAAGGAAAUUCAUUGGAAGAUGUUUCUAGAUCAGCAGCUUUGAUACAGCAGUCGACAACAGUCAAGAAUAAGGAUAUCAGAAAGUUCUUAGACGGUCUAUAUGUAUCGGAAAAGACAACAGUUGUACAAGAUGAAAUUUAAAUAUAAGAAAUUUUAUAUAAA